CUACUUCAUUGUCUGUGGCCGUCAUUCUUCAUAUACUUUAGGCAUAUAUUUCUUUGCAUAAUGACGAGUUUAUACCCAUUGAUUCACGGUGUAGUGGCGGCGUUUGGGUUUUAUGUUGCUUGUGUGCUUUAUCUACGUUUCGUUAAGUCUGGAAGCAAGAAUGAGAUCCAAGUGGGACAUUUUCAAAAUGACGCCAAAACGAAUAACAAGAAUGAAGACGUGGACCCGUUCUUCAUUACUCCAUUACCAGACUUCAACUGGGAAGUGACCGAACCGCUGAAGAUCUGGAAUUUGAAGCCCAAAUAUCACUUAACAAUGGCUGUCGAGACAUCUUCUCUUUCGGAACUGCUUGAGUUCGACAAGAACUAUCUAGAUCGCAUCACUCUCCGAAAGCAGAUAAUUCAAGAACACCACUCCAUUGCCAUCCAAGCCGACUCCACCGUCAUCCCAGCAGUAAACGAACUCUACGUCUUCCUCAUUUCCACUUACCUUCCGACUCGCUAUCCAAGAAUAUUUACCCUUUUCCCAACCACGCUCCUCAACCACGCAACGAAUGAGCAUCUUUCACUAACUCCGCCCUCGGACCCAGUCCGUACCUUUGAAAUACUCGGUGAGAACAUUGACGAGGAUUUCCUGCUUCUGUUACCAAGCGAAGACGGAGAUGGGUAUCGAUUGAAAGGUUACGUGACGUGCUUCCCAGCUGGUUUCAACACGAAAGAGAAAUUCGGGAUGAAGUUGAGAGAGAUCCAUGUCCCUGUUCCGGGAUACAAGGCGAAGCUCGAGAAAAGCAUGGAUCGUUUUUUUGAUAGGCUCGAAGUUGGAAAGGUUGUCAAGAGAUCAAACUGGUCAAUCAACACAAAAGAACAGCUAUUUGCAGCUAGCGGAACUCAUCUGUACGAAGGCGAAGAAGCAGUCGAAGAAGAAGUGAACAUCGAUACGACCUUCCUUCGAUGUGAGCGUCAGCUCCUUCAUCGUCUGCCCCAGACCAAAGCUCUGUGCUUUAAUUUCAAGACGUAUCUUUAUCCGUUGAGAGAUGUCAAGGAGGAGGGCUCAGGAGAGGAUCUGGCGAAUGCGAUUGAUGGGUUGAAGGAAGGGAGUGUGCCCGAGAUGCAUUUUUAUAAGCGAGGGGUUGUGUGGGGAGAGAAGGUUAAGGAGUAUUUGAGGAGUUGAGAGAGGGAGGGUCAUGUGAUAGAGAUUUGCUAUGUUCGGAUUCGAGAAGAUUACUACGACCAGUAUCUAGAUAUCAUACCCGCAU